CCCAUUCUCAGCCUAAAACCCCCCAAACCCACUCCAGUCCGUCCCCAACUAUAAUUGAAAAUUGAAAAAGAAAAAAAGAAAGGUAAAAAAUGGCACUCUUUGCAAAACCCUAAAACCCAUAGAAGAAGAAGAAGAAGAAGAUGGAGGAAGAGGAAGGACCUCCAAAGAAGGAGCUAUACGCGCUGCUCCAUGUAUCUCCGGAAGCCUCCGACGAAGAAAUCAGAAAAGCCUAUCGCCAAUGGGCUCAAGUCUAUCAUCCCGACAAAUACCAAUCUCCCCAUAUGAAGGUCAUUGCUACGGAGAACUUCCAACGCAUUUGCGAAGCCUACGAGAUAUUAACCGACGAGAAUAAGAGACAAAUUUAUGAUAUUUAUGGCAUGGAAGGACUCACCUCUGGUUUGGAGCUGGGUCCCAAGCUCAACAAAGCGGAGGAGAUUAAGGAGGAGCUCGAGAGAUUGAAGCGAAGGAAGGAACAGGAAAAGAUGUCUUCUCAUUUCCGGCCUUCUGGUACAAUUCUCGCCAGCAUGUCCGUCCCUCACUUUCUUUGUGGCGAUAGCUUCAUGCGAGGCAUGGCUAUGAGAAGCGAAGUUCAAUCUCAGAUUUCGAAGCGGAAUACUCUGGCAGUCGCUGGAAACUUGGAAGUCGAUGGAAAUGCUGGUGGUGGGGCUGCCACUCUCGUUUUUAGGCAUCAGAUUUCUUCGGUUUCUUCCAUUGAAUUUAUGGCUUCGGCCGGUUUACAUGCGCUCGUUGGAGUCCAAUCGUCUCGUCACCUAACAUUACACUCAACGGCUACAAUGGCGGUUGCGAUGUCUUUGAGAGAUGGCUCAUUGAAUCUCACUAAUACAUGGACUCGCCAACUGUCUGAUAAUGCAACCGGAAAUAUACAACUUGGUUUAGGCCCAGAAUCAUCUAUUUCAGUUGGAUGGCAAAAGAAAUCAGAGAAAAUGUCUGCUGCUGGAGAAGUAAAGCUUGGCACAGGUUCCUUUGGUGCAUCAGCUCAGUACACUCACCGCUUUUCGUCAAAGUCUCAUGGCCGUGUCGCAGGCAAAAUUGGGAGCACCAAUCUUGAGAUUGAAGUUGGCGGAGGAAGGAAGUUAUCUAAUUUCAGCACUGUCCGAAUGUUGUAUUCAAUAGGGAUUCAGGGUAUCUUUUGGAAAUUUGAAUUGCACCGAGGGGGCCAAAAACUACUUAUUCCUAUUCUACUUACCAGGCGUUUAAAUCCUGUGUUUGCAACUGGAGCUUUCGUGAUUCCGACAUCAGUGUACUUUUUACUCAAGAAAUUCGUUUUCAAACCUUAUUACCGGAAGAGGGAGAAGCAGAAGGCUUUGGAGAAUAUGGAAAAAACUUCUGCGCAGGUUCGAGAGGCAAGAGCAGCGGCAGAUAAAGCUCAGCAGUUGCUACAAAAUGUAGCCAACAGGAAAAAGGCUAGGCAAUUAGAGAGAGGUGGACUGGUAAUUACAAAAGCAGUCUAUGGAAAUGGUAAAGCUUUGAAGAGAAUAGAUGAACCUGUAGAAGCAAAUGACGAAUCAGCUUCACAAAUCAUAGAUGUGACAUUGCCUCUUAAUUUUCUGGUCAAUGAUUCGGGCCAGCUCAAGCUUCACGAAGGUGUAAAGAAGUCAGGUAUCAUGGGUUUCUGUGAUCCUUGUCCCGGAGAACCUAAGCAGUUGUAUAUCGAGUACACUUAUGGUGGCAGGAGAUACGAGGUGGUGGUUGAUGAUUAUGGGGAGUUGCUAAUACCGCAAGAACGGCACAGAAUUUGAAUACAAUCCAUACUUUUAGAUUUACAAAACCUCGGUUGCCUCUUUCAAUUUUGCAUGUCUAACAUGCCUUUGAGGUGCCACAACUAGAUUAACACCUCAUUUUCUUUUAUUUCAGAAUUAUAUACAAUUUGUCCUGAAAUGUCAUACUUGUUGAGGUCUUGAAACAUAAGCUUCGUUUCUUGGUGUACCUUUUUAUCUCCCUCAAGUGAAAU